GGCAGCUUCCUCAGCCUCCCUCGUUGUGACCCCGGUCACCCGGAUAUGUUCCGUCUUGUUUUCCUUCCUGCUGCCCGGUGGACGGAGCUCAAUACUGGGAUGUCUCUGACAGAAGUCCCGCCGCGCUGCGGGCUCCGGGUUCUGACGGUGUCGGUGUCGGAGCAGCUCACCCAGGUCGGGGAGGAGGUGCUGGAGGUGCUGGAGAAGCGGAGCGGCCGCUCCGGCGGAGGCUCCCCGCGCCUGCUGCAGCUGCUGCGGCUGCUCCUCACCGAGCGGCUGGCGGCGGCGACCGAGCGGAUCGUUGGGCUGCUGGAGCGGGAGGUGGAGGAGUACCGGCGGCAGGUGGAGCGGCAGAGCCGGCUGCUGGAGGCGGUGCUGAACCCGGUGGUCCGACUGACCCGGACAGAUGGCAUCAGGACGUCUGGAGCCCCUAAGAACCACCGCCUGCCAUCUGAGGUCGACCCUGCCCGCCUCCCCAUGACCCUGGCCAGCUCCGCCUCCUCAGAUGUCUCAGCAGCUGACAGCGACGAUGACUGGAGUGGCGGCGAUGACUCGUCCUCUCUUAAAGACACAAACAGGACAAUGGGAGGACUGCUGAGGCUUCAAGGGGCCGCAGCAGCGGCAGCAACUCACUACUGCAUCAUCUGUGGAAAAAGUUUCCGCCACAAAGGGAACCUGGUGAAACACGCAGAGACGCACUCAGACGGGCCGCGGUGUGGCGUCUGCGGAGAAGAAGUCAAGUCCUCAGACAGUUUGGUCCAACAUCUCAGAUCUCACAGAGAAACCGGCAGCGGUGGUGGGGGGACAUGUGAGAUCUGCAGGAAGACGUUUCAGAACAUGGACACGCACAUGAGGAGUCACACAGGAGUCAAACCGUACCGCUGCGACGUCUGCGGCAAGAGCUUCCCCCGACCCGGAGCACUGCGGCGCCACAAGAAGAUUCACAGCCGGAGGACGGAUGCCAUCUGUCCCAUCUGUGGACUGACCUUCAGCCAACAGCAGCCGCUCCAGGAUCACCUGAAGACCCACGAAGACGACAGAGACCAGAGCGAGGGCGAGGACGCUCAGCCGGAGACGCCUGGAGCGAAGACUGACAGACAUGGAUGGAGGUCAUCAUCGCUGUGCUGCAGAGUCUGCGGUGACUCCUUCCACAGCCGCGGCUUCCUGCGGAAACAUGCUGAGACGCACUGCAGGGAUGCUCGGAGCAUCUGCGGCGUCUGCGGACAGACGCUGGACUCACCAGACGCCCUGCUGACUCACCUGCGGUCUCACAGAGAGACCAGUGGGACCUGCGGCGUCUGCAGCAAGACGUUCCAGAACAUGGAAACGCACAUGCGCAGCCACACAGGAAACAAACCGUACCACUGCAGCGUCUGCAACAAGCGCUUCCCCCGAGCCGGAGCACUGCGGCGCCACAAGAGGAUCCACAGUGGUGAGCAGCCACACAUCUGCCCGCACUGCGGGAAGACAUUCAUCGAGAGCAGUGCCUUAAAGACUCACAUCAGGAGCCACAUCGAUGAGGACACCGAGCCACUGGCGGAUGCUCCAAGUCUAAAGUCUGAGACGGAGAAGAGUCCGAGCUCAGAGGAGAACGCCAAGGUGGCGACUCACAGCUGUAAGGUCUGUGGUGAGUCCUUUCAGAGUAAAGGAAGUUUGAGGAAACAUGCCAAGAGUCACUCAGCAGAGUCCACCUGCGGCAUCUGCGGUGAGGCUUUACCGCCGACAGAGACACUGACAGACCACCUGCUGACUCACAGGGAUGCUGGGAACAUCUGUCACAUCUGCGGUAAGACCUACCAGAACAUCGAAACGCACAUGCGCAGUCACACCGGCAUCAAACCCUACCGCUGUGCCAUCUGUGGGAAGUCCUUCCCGCGGCCCGGCGCCCUGAGGCGCCACAAGCGGAUCCACAGCGGGGAGCGCCCAUAUAUCUGUGAGUUCUGUGGGAAGACGUUCAUUGAUAACGGCGCCCUGACAACACACAUCAGGAACCACACCGGGAACAAACCAACCACCCGCGUCUCCUGCGAGACCUGCGGGAAGAGCCUGGCAUCUGUCCACGUCCUGGAGGUCCACAAGAGGAUCCACACGGGCGAGAAGCCGUUCCAGUGCCGUGUCUGCGGGAAGGCCUUCAGGCAGGUGGGCGGACUCAACGCCCACACGCUGACGCACACCGGCGAAAAGCCUUUCAGCUGCGGCCUCUGCAACAAGAGCUUCAGCACCAAAGGUUACCUGGAGACGCAUGUGCGCUUCCACAGGAAGGAGCGCACGUUCAGCUGCCAUCUGUGCUGGAAGGCCUUCGUCACCAAGAAUGACCUGAAGAAACACCUGCUGACGCACAGUGGCGAGAAGCCGUACGCCUGUUGCGUCUGUGGAAAGAGCUACCAGGAGAAACGCUCCCGAGACGUCCACAUGAAGGUUCACCUGGAUGCACACGACCUCGGCAAAGAGCCAAUCAGGAGGCAGGACGCUCUGCAGCCGGACUUCAUCCAGCUCUAAGCCUCAGACCACAGACUGGACUGAUUUAUAACCCAGUACAAACACUGCUGUGAGGCCCACUGCUAUAUGAACUGCUCUAUGAACUGAUCUGACGUUUAUCAAUCAAUUAAUCUACUGAUUGUUUCAGCUGUUUGUUGUUUUUAUAAACAUGCUUACUGGUGACGUGGAGGAAGUUCAGGAGAAAUAAAUCUGCCUCUUUCAAAAUAAGA